AUGUACGUGAUUCUCAGCGCUCAAUUCGCGUCCCAACGACCCUUCACCGCGGGAGUGAGUGCAGUCGACGCGCCGCAUCUGGGGCAGCGUAGACUUCGCUCCUCCGCUGUUGAAAUCUCUGAUCAGCUUUUGUCUUCGCUGUUCGUUUCUCGUUCUGUUUUAUUUUGUUCUUCUGUCUGUUUGGUUGCUGAGAAAACGAAGGAAAACGGUGACUGGCGGCCUAGCUUUUGCAGUUUGUGGCCGGUUGUAAUAUUAUAUUUUCCAUCUUUGCUUCAACGGAUUCAUUUCAAAAAGGUCAAUAUGACAAAUUACUCAAACAGAAAAAGUUCCUCGGAACAGGAAUGUGAAAAAGCAAUUGUGCCUAAAGAAGAGAUCUUGGAUUUCGAGUUGCCUUCUGAUGCUGCAUUCUCAGGGCAUUUCGGGAACAAUGCCGCAAGUUCAUCUGGGAGUAAUACGCGAUCGGAUUUGAUUGGAAUGGGAUUUUUACCAUCACUUGUAGACAAAGUGAUUGAACAAAAGGGUGAAGGCGAUGUAGAAUUGUUAUUGGAGACACUUUUGUCGCAUUCAGGUUCUCAAAAAUCAGAUUCUGAGUCAUCAGAUUCUCUGGAUAGCUUAUUUGACGACAAGGAUGAAAGCAGUCUUCCAGAGGUUUCUAAUAUUAUUCAACCAAAAGAGGAGCCUGAUUUAGCUGAUGGACUUGAUGAGGGAAAAAGGGCAUCCUUACUGAUGAUGAAUUUUUCUCCAACUGAAGUUGAGUUUGCAAUUGAUAAGCUCGGUGAAGAUGCUCCAAUUAAUGAUUUGGUGGAUUUUAUCAUUGCCGCUCAGGUAGCUGUGAAACUUGAAAAUGAUAUAGGUGAUAGUACAACUCAUGGUGAUGAAGAAAAAGACGAGGAUGCUAAUGAUGAAAAAUUAUAUGGGACCAUGGAGAAGACACUUCGUUUGCUUGAAAUGGGUUUCUCUGAGAACCAAGUUUCUUGGGCAAUCGAAAAGUUUGGUUCAAGAGCUCCAAUUGGAGAUCUUGCAGACUCAAUCGUUGCAUAUCAAAUUUCUGAUGACUGUUAUAAAGAAAAUAAGUACUCGGCCCAUUCAAACCAUUCACGCACUGGAGUGGGUUCUAGGUUUUUUGCUACAGGAUCAUAUGAUUCAGUUAAAGUUGAAAACGAAGAAUUUCAUCUGCAUACAGCUUCUCAAUCAAGGGAUUGCAAUGCAGCAAACAAUUCUUUAGGAAAGAGGCCUAAGCAAGAGUAUAAUGAUGAUGAUUCAAAUGUUGUUCCAACCUCAGUUCCUCAGUUUAGGGCGUUUAGACAUGUUGCUUUCGAAGAAAAACGUAAAGGGAAAAGGCCAAGACAAGAGUAUGUUGAUAAUUCAAGCUCUUUCCUUGACCAAACAUGGAUGGAAGAAAAAGUUGACCCUACAAUUGGCAAUCUUGAAAUGUCAAAACCUUUCAAAAGCAAUCCUUGCAAGAGUGUGAAUCAAAUGAUGGCUAAACCUCCAUAUUUCUUUUAUGGAAAUAUUGUGAAUUUAGCAUAUGAUUCAUGGGCAAAAAUUUCUCAGUUUUUGUAUGGACUGGAACCUGAAUACGUGAAUACUCAAUUCUUCUCGGCCUUGAAUAGAAGGGAAGGCUAUGUACACAACCUCCCAACUGAGAACAGGUUUCACAUCCUUCCGAAGUCACCAAUGACCAUUGAGGAUGCAAUACCACAUACAAAGAAAUGGUGGCCUUCAUGGGAUACAAGGAAGCAAUUGACUUGCAUCUGUUCUGAAACUAGUGGCAUAUCUCAACUUUGUGAUAGGCUUGGAAGGGUACUUUCUGAUUCUCGUGGAUUGCUCUCAUCUGAGCAGCAGAGAGACGUCCUUCAUCAGUGUCGUUCAUUAAAUCUUGUGUGGGUUGGACGAUACAAGCUGAGCCCCACAGAACCUGAAUAUUUAGAACGUAUCCUAGGCUACCCAUUGAAUCACACUCAAGUUGCUGAGAGUAGUUUAACAGAAAGACUUCUUUCACUCAAAUUUUGCUUUCAGACAGACACGUUGGGUUAUCAUCUCUCUGCGUUGAAAUCUAUGUACCCAGGAGGAUUAACAGUGUUCUCAAUUUUCAGUGGAAUCGGUGGAGCAGAAGUUGCUUUACAUAGGCUUGGCAUUAGUUUGAAAGGUGUUGUAUCUGUGGAGACCAAUGCAACAAAAAGGAAGAUUCUAAGAAGGUGGUGGGAGAAUACUGGACAAACUGGGCAACUGGAGCAAAUUGAAGAUGUUCAUAAGCUGACAAGCACCAAACUUGAAAGUCUGAUGAAGAAAUUUGGUGGUUUUGAUUUGAUUGUCUGUCAGCACCCAUGCAGUGACUCAAUCUCUAAGAUUUCUCCACAGAGUGACAGUCUCCCAGGUUUUGACUUCUCCUUGUUUUAUGAGUUUGUUCGUGUUUUGCAACGUGUAAGAACUAUGUCAGAAAGAAAGAGGUGA